AUGGUGGUCGACGUGAGCUCACUUUCAGAGAGAUCGGUGGAAAUGCUGAUGACCUCAGACCACACCUCCGUGGUGUCGAUGAACCUGUUUGUGGCUCUUCUUUGCGCUUGUAUUUUACUUGGUCAUUUGUUGGAGGAAAGUCGAUGGAUGAAUGAGUCCAUAACCGCCCUUGCCAUUGGACUGUGCACUGGAGUUAUUAUAUUGCUAACCACUGGAGGGAAAAGCUCCCAUUUAUUAGUUUUUAGUGAAGAUCUCUUCUUUAUAUAUCUGCUUCCGCCUAUCAUUUUCAAUGCCGGGUUCCAGGUAAAGAAGAAGCAGUUUUUUCGUAACUUCAUGACUAUCAUGACGUUUGGUGCUGUUGGCACUCUCAUAUCCUUUGCCAUCAUAUCCUUAGGUGCUAUGCACUUUUUCCACAAGUUCAAUAUUGGUUCCCUCAAGAUUGGAGAUUAUCUUGCCCUUGGUGCGAUAUUUUCUGCAACCGAUUCUGUUUGCACCUUGCAGGUGCUUAAUCAGGAUGAGACACCUUUGUUAUACAGCCUGGUUUUUGGGGAAGGGGUGGUUAAUGAUGCCACAUCAGUGGUGCUUUUCAAUGCAAUCCAGAGCUUUGACCUCUCUCACAUCAAUACAAGCACUGCUUUGCAAUUUAUAGGAAACUUCUUGUAUUUGUUUGCUGCAAGUACAAUUCUGGGAGUUGUAGCUGGACUACUUAGCGCAUAUAUCAUUAAGAAGCUCUAUUUUGGCAGACACUCAACGGAUCGUGAAGUUGCUCUUAUGAUACUCAUGGCUUACCUUUCAUACAUUCUAUCUGAACUGUUUUAUUUAAGUGCCAUUCUCACUGUGUUUUUUUGCGGAAUUGUUAUGUCUCACUACACAUGGCAUAAUGUGACUGAAAGUUCCAGAGUGACAACUAAGCAUACUUUUGCCACUCUGUCAUUUGUUGCUGAGAUUUUUAUCUUUCUUUAUGUCGGCAUGGACGCCUUGGACAUUGAGAAGUGGAAAUUUGUGAGCGAUAGCCCUGGCAAAUCUAUAGCAGUGAGUUCAAUACUGUUGGCACUGGUUCUGGUUGGAAGAGCAGCCUUUGUUUUCCCCUUGUCUUUCUUAACCAAUUUGACUAAGAAAUCUCCAUCUGAUAAAAUCAGUUUGAAGCAACAGGUUACAAUUUGGUGGGCUGGGCUUAUGCGUGGCUCUGUUUCUAUGGCACUUGCUUAUAAUCAGUUUACUAGGUCUGGCCAUACUGACUUGCGUGCCAACGCGAUCAUGAUCACCAGUACUAUCACAGUUGUUCUUUUCAGCACGGUGGUAUUUGGUUUGAUGACUAAACCACUAGUGAGGAUUUUGCUUCCUUCAUCAAAACACAUCAGCAGUAUGAUAUCUUCUGAACCAUCUAGUCCUAAAUCAAUCACUGUGCCACUGCUCAGCAAUGAGCAAGAUUCAGAGGUGAGCCUUGGGGUGCAAGAUUCAGAGGCAAAUCAUGGGCCCGUGAACAUACCCCGUCCAACUAGUUUACGAAUGCUCCUAAGCAGUCCUUCUCACACUGUCCACCAUUAUUGGCGAAAAUUUGAUAAUGCCUUCAUGCGGCCUGUGUUUGGUGGGCGGGGUUUUGUACCUUAUGUUCCAGGCUCACCUGUCGAACAAAAUGAUCAUCAAUGGCAUUGA